AUGCUGCUGGAGGGGCUCGUGCUCCUCUUGAACUCGAAUGCAGCAGGAGCGAGGAAGCAAUUAUUAAGCUGUAGACAUUGGCAGGAAGAGGGGCCUCAGAUGGAUUUUGACUCUGAACCUCGUUCGCCGCCCGGGCUGCUCGUUACCAAAGGCCUGGAUCCCAGGCUGGUGGUGGACCUGAGGGCAGGGGCAAUGGGCCAGCUGCCUUCUUCAGGCUAUGGCUGUAGCCAGGCGGAGGCCCAUGUGGGUGGUGGUGGCACUUCAGGAGAGCUGGGGGCUAGAUCAGGGUCUUUCCUGCACCCCUCCAAGGAAAUUGAAACCUUCGGAGGCACUUCCUGGUGA